AUGGAGAAGAUCUCCACAGACACUGUAUAUUUUUCUUCGUUGCUCAGUUCCAUGCCAAAGAUGUACCAGCACAUCCUUGCCUUGUCAUUUGCUACAAAAGAGAUCAAUGAGAAUCAAAAAAUCUUACCAAACAUCUCUCUGGGUUUCCAUAUUCUUAAUGGCUACUACAUUGCAAGGAUGACCUAUAAGGCCACCUUGAGUCUACUUUGCACACACCAGCGAUUUGUUCCCAACUUCAUGUGUGAUGCCCAGAAAAAAAUUACUGCUGUCAUUGGAGGACUUGUGACUGAAGCCUCUUCCAUUAUGGCCAACAUCAUUGGCAUCUACAAGAUUCCACAGAUCAGUUAUGGAUCAUUUUCUCCAGUACAUGGUGACAAAACAUUAUUCCCGUUUUUGUACCAGAUGGUCCCAAAUGAAUCACAUCAGUACUUGGGGGUUGUCCGGUUACUUCAGCAUUUUGGUUGGACAUGGGUUGGGCUCUUGGCUGUGGAUGAUGAUUAUGGGGACAAGUUUUUACAGACAGUGGUACCACUAUUUUCCCAGAAUAAUAUCUGCUAUGCAUACAUAUUUCGAUUACCAAAACGGACUUAUGUGGAUGAGUAUACAGACUUGCUUUUAAACAUUAUAGAGAAAUAUUCAGUUCUCAUGGAAAGAAAAUCUAGUGCAUGUUUUGUACACGGAGAACCUCCAUCUUGGCAGAAUUUGAGAAUAAUUAUGUUCUUAGCACCACUUGUUUCAUUGCCACCCCUAGGUAAAGUGUGGAUUGCAACAUCCCAAUGGGAUUUUGAAUCCCUGUCUAUUCAAAAGUUGUGGGAUAUGCAGAAUUUCCAUGGUGCCAUAUCCUUUACAAUUCACUCAAACCAGCCACUUGGAUUCCAGGAAUUUGUUCACACUGUAAAGCCUAACUGGACAAAAGGAGACAAUUUUAUUCAGAAUUUCUGGGAGCAGGCUUUUAGCUGUCCAUUAAAAAUUUCCAGUGUGAAUGUGGAGGGCAAGGAAUUCUGCUCCGGGGAUGAAAAGUUGGAAAGCCUUCCUAGUACUUUCUUUGAGAUGGACCUGACUGGCCACAGUUACAAUGUCUACAAUGCUGUCUAUGCUGUGGCACAUACUUUGCAUGCCAUCUAUGAAUCCAGAAGAAGAUACGUAGGGGGAGGGAGAGUAACAUUUCCAAAUGUGCAGCCAUGGCAGUUCCAUCAUUUUCUAAGGACGAUAUUGUUCAACAACAGUGCUGGAGAUAUAGUGACUUUUGAUGAAAAUAGAGAAUUAGUAGCUGGUUUUGAUGUUACAAACUUGGUAACAUUCCCAAAUAACUCUUUUGUUAGAGUAAAAGUUGGAAGACUGGAACCACAGGGUCCACCAGGGGAGGAGUUGACCCUUGAUGAUGAUCAAAUUGUGUGGCACAGAAGUUUUAACCAGGUGUUGCCCCUUUCUGUCUGCAAUGACAACUGCUAUCCUGGCUAUAGCAGAAAAAAGAAAGAAGGAGAGAAAUUUUGUUGCUAUAAUUGCAUUCCCUGUCCAGAAGGGAUGAUCACAGACAAGAAGGAUAUGGAUGCCUGUAUCAAAUGUCCAGAAGAUCAAUAUCCCAACAAGAACCAAACUCAAUGCAUUUCCCGUGCUCUGAGCUACUUGUCUUACAAAGAUCCUUUAGGAAUCAUCUUUAUUAUGUUGGCUCUUUCUUUCUCUUUGAUUACAACUGCAGUGCUUGGAAUGUUUAGGAAGCACAAGGAUACCCCCAUAGUCAAAGCCAACAAUCGGAACCUCAGCUACAUCCUACUCAUCUCCCUCCUUCUUUGCUUCCUCUCGUCCCUGCUGUUCAUUGGACGGCCUGAAAAGAUUACCUGCCUUCUACGACAAACGGCUUUUGGCACCGUCUUCUCUGUGGCCCUUUCCUCUGUGUUGGCAAAGACCAUCACUGUGGUCCUAGCAUUCAAGGCAACCAAGCCAGGUUCUAGAAUGAGGAAAUGGAUGGGGAAAAGACUGGCAAGUUCUAUUGUCCUUUCGGGCACCUUUAUCCAAGUAGGCAUUUGUACAAUUUGGUUAAGUAUGUCACCUCCAUUUCCAGAUAUGGACAUGAACUCAUUGAAGGACAAAAUCAUAGUGGAAUGUAAUGAGGGUUCAGCUGUCAUGUUUUGCUGUGUCUUGGGCUACAUGGGCUUCCUGGCUGUUGCCAGCUUCACUGUGGCUUUUCUAGCCAGGAAGUUGCCAGAUACUUUCAAUGAAGCCAAAUUUAUCACUUUCAGCAUGCUGAUCUUUUGCAGUGUUUGGUUCUCCUUUGUUCCAACAUACCUGAGCUCCAAAGGAAAAUACAUGGUAGCUGUGGAGAUCUUCUCUAUCUUAACCUCCAGUGCUGGCUUACUGGGUUUGAUUUUUUCCCCUAAAUGCUUUGUCAUCAUUUUGAAGCCUCAGCUAAACUACAAGAAACAUUUGACAAGGAGAGAAAAUUCUGUUCCAAAGUUCUACCAGCACAUCUUGGCCUUGUCAUUUGCUGUAAAACAGAUCAAUGAGAAUCCAAAAUUUUUACCAAACAUCACCCUGGGUUUCCACAUUCUCAAUGGCUACUUCAUUGCAAGGAUGACCUAUAAGGUCACAAUAAGUCUGCUUUGCACUCACCAGAGAUUUGUUCCCAACUUCAUCUGUGAUGUGCAGAAAAAAAUUACAGCUAUCAUUGGAGGACUUGUGACUGAAGCCUCUUCCAUUAUGGCCAACAUCAUUGGCAUCUACAAGAUUCCACAGGUAGGUCAUUUGCAUGAGGUUCUGGAAAUUCCAUUGCAUAAGCUGUAA